AUGGCGGCUACAGACCCAGCAGCGAUGAUGGCCGCUAUGGCUGCACGCAUCCUCGGCAAGGGAAGCGCACCACCACUGACCGCACCGACACAGGAUCAAGCUGCGCCGCGCACAGUACCGCGCCAACCAGUUCCAGCGGCACCGCCUGCCCCAGUGCCAACCAACUUAGCUCCGCCACCUACUCCUGCCUUCGCUGGCGUUGCUCCGGCAUCAGCAGAGCCGUCUCCGCCGACAGUGAAGGAGGUUGGCGUGGCACCAGAUGCAGGCCCAUCACUCUUUGGGACACCAGAGCAGCUGGCUGAGGCCCGUCGGUUCAGCAGGGAAGCAACUACAGGCGGCAAUAAGUCGCGUCCUGGCUCUCGAUCGAGUGCAUUCCCAUCUCGCCCAUCUUCAGUGACCUCCGACAGUUCACGCUCCUCGUUCGCGCGCAAAAGCUAUACUCACGGCGGCGCAAACACAUCAGCAGCAAGCUUUCACCUCACUCCUCCACCCGUCUCCACUCAUGCGACACGGAGCCUCGCAGCUUCGGGCUCCUCUUUUGCGUCAAAUGGAGCCCUUGCUCCCCCGACCCAGCCGCAAGCCAAGCCAGACGUGUCGUUCAGCAAGCCAAACACCUUUGGAAGCACAACUCAGUCAUUGUCGGUGGACGCCCUCGGCUCUUCUGCUAUCGCUAGUCCCAAGGUCGAGAAGGCAGUCGAGCCGAAGCCCACAACCCCGGCUAUCAGCAAGCCAAGUGUCACGACUCUCCCUGCCUCGGCGGCAGCGGCGCCAUAUCUGCGCGCAAAGGGCUGGCAGACGUUCACAGUGGACGGUGCUGGCACAGACAAGGACAUGAAUGCCGAGAAGAUCGAGACAAAGAAGGGAGAUGUUGGCAAGCCGAUGAUUCCCACAGUCAAGGUCGAGCCGGCAGAGCCUGCAGCGCUUGGCCCAAGAGUCAAGCAAGAGUCCGAAGAGUCCGAUUACAUUGUCAUCCCCAAGUUACCAGCAGCAACCAUUGAGAAGUCUAAUGCUCCUCCAGCUACAGCACCAGCUCAAGCUCAGUCGAUCACCGUCUCUGUCGCCGAUUUUGACCGUAUGAUGGCCGAGAUCACUUCCCUCACUAAGCAGGUGGCUACACUCACUCAGCGUGUGGGAUCAUUGGAGAACGAGAACUUCCAGCUGCAAGGCAAGGUCGAGCCGAUGUGUCAGUUGCAGGAGCUCCGCCAGUACUUGGGCACCAAAGAUGCCAAGGCUCCUUUCGAGCUCUCGGUCAAGUGUCCACCAGGCACAUACUGCAAGGUUCAGGCGAACGCCACGCUCAAGGUCGCCGACCUCAUCCGUCGCGUGCGUGUCGCCAGCAAGACAUGUCCCGCCGAGAGCCCAGCUCCGCGUCUGGCGGUCGAGGGCAAAGAACUGGGCCACGCGCUUACCCUGCACGAGGUUGGUAUCACCUCGAACAGCUUGGUGGAGUUUGUGCACGAUGGAGUCAUGGCCGAAGAGGACGAGGAGCUGUAG